GUGAUGGUGUUACAGUUAGUUUAACAAUAUUUUAAUUGAAUUAAAAUGAUAAGGUUAAAGAAGCGCCUCAGCCCAUUUGUUAUACAAUGUUUCGUGACUGCUGGAGUAUCGUUAAACACGGCUGGACUGGGGCUGGUUAUGGGGUUCGUGACCGGGCUGCUUCCACAGCUGCGGCAGUCUGACUCCAUCAUCGCCAUUGAUGACUCUUCAGCUUCUUGGAUAGCAUCCCUACCCGGAUUUUCAAUCGUCGUGGGCAAUUUUAUUAUACCUAACAUUAUGGGCGCGUUUGGAAGGCGUACAGCUAACUUGUGCAGCUUGGCCGUGUCAGCAUCGGGCUGGAUCUGUAUCGUGUUCUCUAAUUCCAUCCUUCUUCUAUAUUUGGCACGCAUCCUCCAAGGUAUCAGCAUGGGAAUGAUCGCAACUCUUGGACCAGUGCUUAUUGGAGAGUACACUAGUCCCAAGAACCGAGGUCUCUUCCUGAUGACCAUAUCUGUGAGCAUAAGCGCCAGUGUCUUUGUGAUUCAAACCUUGUCAUCAUAUUUACCAUGGAAAAUUUGCGCUUUAAUCUGCAUUGGAAUAGUUCUGCUCGCUGUGUUCUUUGUAAUACUAUCUCCUGAAUCACCAACGUUUUUAGCAGACAAAGAAAGAUAUGAAGAGUGCAGAAAAAUAUUCGUUUAUCUCAGAGGUGAUUCGGAGAAUGAAGAAUUGGAAAAGAUGAUAGCGGCGCGAAAGGCAUUACAAAUGGAAAUCAUAGACACAGAUGGAAAGUCGAUUAGAGAAAAGGUUACAUCAAGAUUGUAUUUUUUGAAAAAGACAUUCAAGAAGAAAGAGUUUUACAAACCAAUACUGAUAAUGUUCCAUGUUUACGCAAUGGCGCAUUGGUGUGGCGUAAACAUACUGUCGUCAUUCACCACAGAUCUUUUUGAGAAAGUCCUGGGUUCCCAUUCUGGGAUAAAUAUUUCUUUAAUGGUAGUUACAGUUGGUGCGUUUAGACUCUUAUGGAACGUAGUCGGAAUGGCUUUCAUAAAGACAUUGCGUCGUCGAGUCGUACUAUUUUUAACGAUAGGUUUAAACAUCGUAUCACUUUUGGCGAUAGCAGCGUAUUCUUAUGGGAAAGAGAAAAACUGGCUGCCUUUUGAUGAACCUAUAAUAGGUAUAAUAUUAGUCCACAUUCAUAUGUUCUCAAUAGCAACUGGGGCUAUACCAUUGGCGUUCGUUUUAGCUGGGGAACUGUACCCAAUGGAACACAGGGGGCUUUGUGGAGGAAUCAGUAUGCUGUUCUUUGCUAUGCAUCUCUUCUCUAAUGUGAAGCCUGUGAUAUUUCUCCUAAACUUUUGGGGUAUAUAUGGAACAUAUUGUCUUUAUGCUGGGGUGUUGAUGUAUUGUUUGACAGUGGUGGGAUUACUUCUGCCAGAAACUAAAGAUAGGACACUACAGGAUAUAGAAAAGGAAUUUAGAGGUGUCAAAUCGACUUCGUGUUAAAGUGAUGUGUAAUUUAAAACUGUAUCUUGUUUAAUACUCUAUGUAAUGGCCUAAAAAUAACAUGAGACAAAAUUUUCAAAUGCGUAGAUUUUAUUUAAACUUUAUAUAGGUAAGUACCUAUUUACAAGAUGCUGAAUGUAAAUAGAUGUUGAAUGCAAUGAAUGAACAAAUAAUCCCUUUUAUUUAAAUUUUAUUGCAAUACAAAAUAUGUAGAUUAUUAAUAAUAUAACACUAUUAUACUAGUUAAAUCUUUUUUAUAGUUUGUGUUAGAAAUAUAUUUUUUAUGAUAAAAUAA